AACAACCCAGCGUUGACUUGCAAGCCGACAACUACCGCAAUUCUACAUCUCCUCGUGUGGUUCGGGUCAGGACUUUGGCAUAUUUUAUAACGCGCCUGCGCAGCGUGCAGCUGGCUGACGGCGGCUCGUCGCUCGGACUGCUGAAAGAGUCCUGUCGGCCAAACAGGCCGGCGCGAGGAUGCGGGCCGCCGUGACCUCGAGCGCCCACCUCGCGAACCCAUGGUCGCCGGGCCCUUCGCCCGCCUGCUCCCCAGCCCCACGUGGCCCCACCCCAUGCCCCCCGGCCUCCCGGCAAUGGCCCAUGCCUUCACGCGGCCCUCGGACACGAGCUGCAGCUGCAGCCACAGCCACCGCCUCAGCUACAGCCGCCACCACGCGCAGCAGCAGCAGCAGCUGCAGCCGACACGCCGAUGGCUGCUUUCUCCCAGCCCGCCUGUCACUGCCGCUGCUACAGCCGCACCUCAGCCCCGGCCUCAGCCCCAGUCCCACGGCAGCAGCAGUCUGCAGCCGCCGCCGGCUCCUGAGGCGCCAAGGCCCUGGGCGGGCCCGGGCCCUGCCUGACGCCGCCGCCGCCGCCGCCGCCGCCGCCGCCACGGCGCCGGCGGCGGGGCUGCAGCAGGCAGCUACGGCGGCUGCUGUUGAGGCUGGGCCGGGGGCUGCUACAGCCGGCGGCGGCGGCGGCGGCGGCGUGGCGCGUGUGGCUGUGGGCAUUGACCUGGGCACCACCACCAGUGCGGUGGCGGUGGCGGGGCGGGACGGCAGGCCACGGGUGGUGGAGGACGAGGGCGGGCGGGCGGUGAUCCCCUCGGUGGUGUACGUACAGCAGGACGGCUCCGUGCUUGUGGGCGAGGCGGCAGUGGCGGCGGCGGCGGCCCCCGGGUCCCAGCCCGCCAACGCCUACUUCGGUGUGAAGCGGCUCAUGGGGCGCAGCUACAGCGAAGCAGUGCGUGAGGUGGAGGAGGACGAGGCGCAGGCGGCGGCGGCGGCGGCGGCGGCGGGGCAGCAAGGCGGCGGCGCCGGCGGCACGGGAGGGCGGCGGCUGCGGUGCUAUGCGCUGGUGGAGGGUGCGGGUGGGCGGGUGGAGGUGGGCUGCCCGGCCCUGGGGCGCAGCAUGGCACCCGAGGAGGUGUCGGCGCACCUCAUCCGGCACCUGGUCAGCCGGGCCCAGGCCUUCCUGGCGCAGCAGCAGCAGCAACAGCAGCAGCAGCAGCAGCAGCAGCAGCAGCAGCAGCAGCAGCGGGAGCAGCAGGAGGGCGGUGGCGGCGGCGGGGACACCGGGGAGUCGGACGCCGGCAGUGGCAGUGACGUUCAGGUGCUGGACGCAGUGGUCACGGUGCCCGCACACUACAGCGCCCGGCAGCGCGCGGCGGUGGUGGCGGCGGCGCGGGCGGCGGGGCUGGAGCGCGUGUCGCUGCUGCAGGAGCCCAUUGCCGCCGCCAUCGCGUACGGCUUCGGCUCCGCCGCAGUGCCGUACGAUGUACUGCUGGUGUUCGACCUGGGCGGCGGUACGACAGACCUAACCGUCGUCGAGGCCUUUGACGGCAUCAUGGAGGUGAUCGGCACGGCCGGCGACAACUACUUGGGGGGUGACGACUUCACGGCGGCUGUAGCAGACUGGAUGGCAGGCUGUAACAGACUGACGGCGGCGCAGGGGGCGACGGAGGCUGUAGCGCCGGGGGCCACAGGGGCAGAGGCGAGGGCGGCGGACCCUGCGGCGUCGCUGGCGCUGCUGCGGGCGGCGGAGGCGGCCAAGGUGGCGCUGAGCGAGGCUGUAGCAGCCGCGCGUGAAGACGGCAGUAGCAGUGGUGGCAGUGGCAGUGGCAGUAGCAGUGGCGGCGGGGCCGGCGGGUCAGGCGUGUCGCUGCGUGUGCGUGUCCCCGCCGCGAGCUACUCUGCUGGUGGCGAUGGUGCUGGGGGUGGUGCUGCUGGGGGUGGGGAGCUGGAGUUGGAGUUGAGCGAGCACACCUUUGAGGAGCUCGUGAGGCCGCUGCUGCGGCGGGUGUGGUGGCCUCUGCAGCGACUGGCCCUCGCCACACGGCUGCAGCUGGGGGGCAGCCUGCCGCCCCACCUGGACCCCAGGGACCCGCCGGCUGUAGCAGCCGCCGCCGCCGGCAGCAGCAGCAGCAGUAGUGGCAGCGGCAGUAGCAGCUACAGCCUGGCGAGCGGCAGUAGCGCCUGGGACUUGGGGCUGGGGGAGGGGCCGGGGCGGCGCGACGGCGCGGCCGCGUGGGAGUUCUCCAUCUUCCCGCAGCAGCAGCAGCAGCAGGGAGGAGCGGCCGGCAGUAGCAGCAGUGGCAGCAGCAGCAGUGGCAGUAGCGGCAGUAGCAGCAGUAGCGGCAAGUACGUGGCUCCGCCCCGGCGGCUGAGUGGGCUGGUGCUGGUGGGCGCUGCAACUCGGCUGCCCGUCAUCCGGCAGUACGUCACACAGGUGUCUGGUCUGCCCAUCCGGUCCGGAGUGGAUCCCGAGACGGCGGUGGCGCUGGGUGCGGCGCUGCACGCCGGCCUCAUGACGGGCCGGGUGGCGGGCGGCAUCGAGGUGAACGACGGCGGGUACGUGGCGGCACAGCACGGCAGGUGAGCAGGGAGGUUUGGGAGUUGGGAGUUGGGAGUUU